GGGUAGAAGCAUAGAGGGGGCUUUUAUUUUGACACUGGUGUUUUGAUUGAUCUCGGCUUCACCCGCUAUAUAGUCUCGCGCAGGGAGAACGAAGUAUCGUUUGAUCUCGUGGGGGCAAAUCUGAGCUCGGCGUCGGGAAGAUCCGUGAAGCUGUAUGUUGCUAAUGUGCAUGUUAAACUUUUGGGGAAGACCAUAGGAACGUGACUGAGCCUGCUGGCGCCGUGUGUGUGCGAGAAGCCCACAUUUACACAGGGAGAGUGGGGGGCUUUCUGAAUCAGCAGUGUGGCGUGACAGAUAUUGUGUGAGCCCCUGGGGAUAUCUGAAGUACUACAAAGUGAAGUUGCGCUGUGCAUUCCACCUGCUACAGUUAACCGGUCUGUACGGUCAGCAACAAUAGCCACUGCUUUUUCUUCUUCCCCUUUUUUUAAUACCUCUGCACUACAUCAUUUUUAAAUAGUUAAUAAAGGAAUAUUUUAGUAUAUUAUUGGGAGGCUUUUUGACCCAGGGCAGCCCCUAAUAUAUUUUACCCCUGGUUAAUCUGGUGCCUUUUUAAUUUAGGAAGGACGGUUAGGAGGCGCACGCUGAAAGGUAGAGGAUAUUCAGCUCAUUUAAGCCGGGUUUCUGUCCCACCUAUAUUGAAGGUUGCUGUGUCACGUUUGGUUUAUUUUUGAUUUGAUUAGUGUGGGUGACUGGAAGUAUAUUUAUGUAAUCUCUUUUCAUUGUCUACUGAUUUUAUUUAAUCACAGUGUGUAAUUUAGUAUGGGGGGUUGAACCUAGGCUGGUAUUGUGGUUCCUUCCUUUUUUUUAUGCGUGGUUAUUUUACCAUUAGUAAUUAAUAACCCAUCGAGGCCCAGAUUGUGCUAGGGUGAUGUGAUUUUAGAAGUGGGUCUGAUCGCUAUGAUGUGUGCAGCUGUCAAAUUUUCUAUCCUUAAUAAACCUGUUAAUAUACCAGCCUCUUAACGUCUCUGCGUGCCUUAUUUAGGUAAUUCUUUGGGUUGGUUACCGAAUAAUAAUCGAAUCAGGUAGCCCUCGGGUCACAAUUUGGAAUCAGGUAGCCCUCGGGUCACAAUUUGGCGUAGUCGGCAGGAUUAGAGUGCUGGUGUAGCUUUUCCGAGCAUAUAUUAACCGAUUUGUUUGGGGAUAUUUAAUAUUUGAUAGGGUAGCGGUGCAUAUAGGGUGAUUUUUGGCAGAGAAGAAAACAAAAAGGGUGGAAGAAAAGCAGUGGUUAUUUGUUAGCAGAUCCAGUGGGACCACGGACCGGGUCGUCUGGGAAGCUGCCAGAAAGGAAGCCGCUAUCAAGGAAGACUGCAGACCUGACCGCUCCUCGUGACGCUGGAAACCAUUUUUUCUUUUUUCUUUCUUUUGUCUUAAGUACAUUGACUCCUUUUGGUGUGUUUUUUUUUGGGCGACAUGUCUCUGCCUAAUUCUGAUAUGGAAGAACAACUAAGGGCUUUGAACGAACGUGUGCAGCAGUUGCAAGCUGAAAAUGAUAGAUUGAAAGCUACUGAAGGUGUUAAUGUGGGUGCUAGCACCAGUAAUGGGGAGGAGACACAAGCCAGUAUGCAAGCAGAGGUUAGCCAAAAUAGGUUUGAGCGGUAUAUCUACAUUCCAAGAGAGAGAAAAUGUCCUAGGUUUUCUGGCAAAUCUGCAGAUAUGCCCUCAGUAGAAGAUUGGGUUGAGGAGGUGCGCAGGUCUUUGGAAGGUCGUCACAUGUCGCCACGUGAGCAAGCCUUAUUUAUAUACGAUCAUUUAGAUGGGGAAGCUAAAACGGAGAUUAAAUUUCGCCCAGCGAGUGAAAGAAAUGAUCCAGAGAAAAUUCUCACCAUUCUGGUUGAUAUUUAUGGCUGUUCUAAAUCUUAUAUUGGAUUACAAAAGCAAUUUUUCCACCGUCGACAGUUAGAAGGGGAGUCUUUGCGAGAAUAUUCGCAUUCUCUUUUAUCCCUAAUGGAGAUUAUUAAACGCCAAAGCCCUAGGCCCAUUGCAAAUGGCGAUCAUUUGGUACGGGAUCAAUUCAUUGAGUACGUCCGGGAUAGCAUGUUACGGCGGGAGUUAAAACGUACAGUGAGGCUUAACCCUAAUGUUCCCUUUUUAACUAUACGCAGUGAUGCUAUUCGUUGGGUAGAAGAAGGUGAGCAUGGGGGAUUGGCAAGGACCCGCGCAUACUCCUGUGAUACUCAACUUGAGGUAGUAGGUGAGUAUAGGGCUGCCAGCCAAGCAGUAACGGCUCAACCUAGUAAUGAAUUAGCUGAAUUGAAGGAGUGUUUGAAAAAGCAGCAAGCUCAACUGGAUAUGUUGUUGACACAUUUGUCUUUGGGUAAUAAGUCACCUUCUACACAGGGGGCUUCCUUGGGUCAAACUGCUCCAUCUUAUCCAUAUGAUUCUUUUGGUAGGCCUAUUUGUGUUCGUUGUAAGCAACCAGGCCAUAUUGCAAGGUUUUGUCGGGAAGGUAGAGGAUCUAACCCAGUAUCUAGGGGGGGUAGGUUUCCAGAUAGUGGGGGAUCGAGGAGCGCGGGUAUUCCGUUCAAGCCGCAGGAAAACUAAUACCGGCUGGUGGGGAGGGCCAACCGCCAG